GUUCAGCUGGAUUGUCAUUAUUUCUGCUGAGCCUGGUCAGUGAGACAACUGCGAGAAGAUUGUAUGUUGUGUGUUUGAUGAUGUGCAAAUGAUCCUAAUGUAGGCCUCUCUUUAAAAAAAAAAAAAAAAAAAAGAUUUACCUGUGCCAAUAGGUAAAUCACAUGACUUCACGGAAAGCUCUCACAGAAACCCUUUAAUAAGGGCUCGUGCUUUCAUGGUUGAGCGUGAACACACGGAGUCAACAUGGGAGGCAAACUGUCAGCUAAACGGAAGCAGCGCAGAAAUAUUUCAAAUAAAUCCAAGAGGACUGCUUUCUUUUUGACUCAUGGAGAGGAGAGAAGUCGUGGAUUUAACGAAAGAUGCGUAGGACGUGAAGAUGAGCAGAGUUCAUGCGAUGAUGAAAGCAGCAGUUGGAUAACUGAAGAAGAAGAAGAGGAAGAAAAAUGUUAUGACCCUGAAGAUGCCACUCUAACAUUUGUAGAGGGAGAAGAUGAUUUAGAUUUUUUGUGCUGCGACUACAAGUCUCUCAGAGCAAAGAUGUCUUGCGGCCAUGCUGUCACUCCGAUGUCUCUCACCGACUGGUGUCGCCAUUUGCUGGACGAUGGCGACACCACGUUUAAGUGUGGCCAAACUGACUGUGACGCUAAGUGGCCCUUCGAGGAGGUUUGUAAAAUGGCUCUUCUGACCCCUGAAGAAAUGAAGUACUUUGAAAAGAAAAUGUUCAGUAACGCUGCCAAGGAUUUCUUGGAUGUCAAAUCAUGUCCAGGUUGCAAUUCUCGUGUGGUGAGAAAUGACUUCCAUGAUCUGAGUGUCCAAUGCCCAGUGUGCACAGGCAAGAGAAGACGCGCUUAUAACUUCUGCUGGCAGUGUUUGAAGAAAUGGAAAGGUCCGGCUCCCCGUACAGACCGCUGUGCAAAUGAUGAGUGCCAAAACCCAGUGGAAAUAUUGAGGACCUGCGCAGAUAUCACCUUUCAGGAUGUGAAGGGGGUCACUGGCUGUGCCUCCAUCCGUGCCUGUCCCACCUGUGGUUUGCUGGUGGAGCAUGACAAAACUCAAUGUAAAAACGUUUUCUGUAUCCGGUGUAAGGUGGAAGUUCUGUUUUGUGUGCCUGAAGCGCACUGAAGAGUGCGUGGAUGAGAGAGACAUAGAAUCAUUUUACACACUUUGCUCCAGUGGCGUAGCGCCGAGACAGACCUCCAUACCUGUGUGGCAGAGGACAUAAUUCUGAGUU